GCUCAAGUGCACCACACUUUAGCCCUUGUAUUUAACAGUUUCUUGAAUUUUAUGAGGCAUUUCCAUUGAGCUGAGCGUAAUGAGUUCUAGAAAAGUACCAUGUCUCUUGCGCGGAGGCCGCAAAUGGUGCAAUGGCCCGUCUGGUGCCCGGCGCUCAUUCGCACUCUCUUCAAGAAAGACAAGCUCCGCAAGAAUAUUGAAUCCGGACAAUUCAUUCGCGACGAAAAGUUUGGGCAACUCCAAAUUCUAUACAACAACGAAUCCCCGAAGUCACAGCUUCUCCGCGCCCCCGAACGGAGCUGAAAGCAAUUAUACAACCGUCGACCCUCGCGAAGUCGCACAUUUCAAUGCCCUCGCCUCGACCUGGUGGGAUCCUCAUGGCCCAUCUAGACUAUUGCAUCUUAUGAAUCCUCUCCGGCACGAUUUUAUCAAAUCCUGCUUAGACUCGGCCCCUCUUCCCUUUACAUACCCCGAGACUCCUGCCUCUGCUUCCGCAUCCGUGGCGGGUCCUACUGCUUCCUCUGCUGCUUCUUCGGCGACUUCGGAGCCCUCUUCUGCAGGCUCUGAGCCUACAUCGGCAUCGAAUUCCUCGGCACGCAAACUUAAAUAUCUCGACAUUGGCUGUGGCGGUGGAAUUUUCACAGAGUCCGCAGCGCGGUUAUCUAGCACAUUAUCUGCGACAGGCGUUGAUCCUACCCCGUCCGUCUUGGCCGUUGCGCAACAACAUCUUUCUCAGGAUCCUGUGUUACAGCGUUCGGGCAAGCUGAAGUACCUGAAUACCAGCAUCGAGCAGCUGCCCGUGCCAAAGACAGACGAUGAGCGUGUUGACAUCCUUACACUCUUCGAAGUCAUCGAACAUAUCGAGCACCCUGCGCCCUUCCUCGAGAAAUGCAUGCCCUUUGUCAAACCCGGCGGCUGGAUCAUCAUGAGCACCAUCGCGCGCACGUGGACGAGUUGGUUCACGACGAAAUUCGUCGCGGAGGAUUUAAUCGGUAUUGUCCCCCGCGGUACGCAUGAGUGGGAGCGCUAUAUCAAUGAGCCCGAGCUCAGAGGGUGGUUCGCUAAACAGCCUGGCUGGGGAAACAUUCAGAAUCAGGGCGUCGUGUAUGUUCCCGGCAUAGGGUGGAAAGAGGUUCAGGGAAGUGAACAAUGGGGAAACUAUUUCUUUGGUGUGCGGAAGGAUGACUGAGUCUUCUCAAGUCUCCCAGAGAAAAGGUGGUAAAUCGUUGUUGCUUUUCGUUCUCAGGCAAAGAGAAUACAAUCUGCACCAACUAGAAAACAUGGACGGCGUUGUCGGUGUAAGGGCGACCUGCAAAAUCAUCAGAGCAUGCAGUUUGAGUUUGUAUUUCGUCUUGGAAGUUUAGGCUUCUCUCCUUUCACACGAGAGGUGACUUCCUAGUCAUUAAUGGACGUAUGCAUUAGGCUUUCUCAUAAUUGACAUUUUUGGCAUUUUUAAUGUGUAUUAUUAUUCUGUUCGAC